AUGUUUUCUCAAGGAAAGCCCAUGACAAACGACGAGCGUUAUGCUCUAUUGCGUAGCGUCGGUAAAGAGUGUAUUCAGGAAAAUGAGUUGAGGGAUCUUAUUGAAAAUAAGCCAAACAUUUGUUGCUACGAUGGGUUUGAGCCAUCAGGUCACAUGCAUAUUGCACAAGGCGUUUUCAAGGCUUUGAAUGUUAACAAAUGUACGGCCUGCGGCUGCAAAUUUGUUUUCUGGGUGGCUGACUGGUUCGCUCUAAUGAACGAUAAGCUUGGUGGCAACAUCGAUAAUAUCCGCGCUGUCGGCAAGUACUUCGUUGAGGUGUGGAAGGCUGCUGGUAUGGACAUGGAUCAUGUCGAAUUCCUUUGUGCCAGCGAGGAGAUCACGAAGCAUGCAGAGUCCUACUGGGGGCAAGUACUCGACAUUGGCCGGCGAAACACCAUUUCCCGCAUUAAAAAGUGUUGCACAAUCAUGGGUAAAGGUGAGGGUACACUGACCUGUGCUCAGAUACUCUACCCUCUCAUGCAGUGCACGGAUAUCUUCUUCCUGCGGACUGACAUCUGCCAGCUUGGGGUGGAUCAACGGAAGGUGAACAUGCUGGCCCGCGAGUACUGUGAUCUCAUCGGGAAGAAGCAUAAGCCUGUGAUUCUGUCACAUCACAUGCUAUCUGGACUCAAGCAGGGGCAGGCCAAGAUGAGCAAAAGUGACCCCGAAAGCGCCAUCUUCGUCGAGGACUCUGUUGAGGACGUUGAGCGCAAAGUGCGCCAGGCGUACUGCCCUCGCGUUGCCCAGAAAACCGCUGAUAUCACAGAAGACGGCUCGCCGCGUGAGGAUGACAACACAAACCCUGUUUUGGACUACUACCAGUGCAUUAUUUUUUCAAGACCUGACGCGACGACGACCAUCGGGGGACACACCUUUACGACUUACAAAGGACUUGAGGACGCCUUUCUCAACGGUAAUAUUUCUGAGGAGCAAUUGAAGGAUAGCCUUGCUCGUGAAAUCAAUAUUUUACUCGAUCCAAUACGUCAGCACUUCCAGAAUGAUGCUAAUGCUCGUGAGCUGUUAACUCAGGUUCGAUCCAUCGGACGGGGUUCGAAUAAAACCGCAACGGCGCCUCCGCCCCCAAAGACUGUUAGCCGACCACACGCCUGUAUUUGGAUGCCCACUGUGGUUAGGCUCACUUUGGACUCCGCCAAUAGUAUCAUCGACGCCGUCAAUAUCUUUUUACAGGAGCACAAAGAUGGUACUGUGAGCCUCAUUAUUCCUGAGUGGUCUGCUUUCGCGUCGGAUCACAUUAUUGGAAAUGACAAAGACAUUCAGGCAAUGAUGACGUAUAAUGUCGAGCUUAUUAAAGCAUAUGGCCUUCCUUCAGCAGUGAAGGUGGUGCGAGAAAAGGAGUUUAUUCUUGCCAACAGCAAUGAUUUUUGGGUUACCACUAUAAAUGUGGGCCGUAAAAAUUUGCUUACCCACGUUGAGGAGCUCUAUGGUGGGCUGAAUAACGCUGGACAGGUCAUCGCUGCCUUGAUGCGCGUUGCAACUGUGGUCCUUCUGGAGGCGACCCAUAUUAUCAACCUCCCAUGCGACGGCAAGUUAUCAGUGCUCUCAGAAAAGUUUACCAACGGAUCCGUGCAGUCAAUUCAGGCACCAGAGGGGGGCAUUCCCUUGCUUAGCGGUCCACUUACCGCUGCCGAUUCCAGUCUUCAACGACAACGGCAGCAACAAUUGAAUUCUGACUCCCUGAUUUUUCUUGACGAUGACGAAAUGGGGAUCCGUCGCAAAAUUAAAAGGGCAUACUCUGCGCCAAACGAGGCCUGGAACCCUGUUAUUGCGAUCGCGUCGCGCAUCCUGACACAAUACGGUUCACUCAAUAUCUCGCGAGUUGAGGGCAACGGUGGAGAUGUCUCCUACGCCACUGUGGAUGCACUGAAGGCGGAUUGCGGCAGCGGCGCACUUCACCCAGCUGACUUAAAAGCUGUGGUGGGGAACCAGCUGCCAAAGCUCAUGACAAGUGUGUCUACCGCAUUAGCCACACCCCAGCUGAAGAACCUUGCGCAAGUAUUAAAAAAGGUUGAGAAUAAACUCAAUAAAAAGUAG